CGUUUCCGCCUUCGUGUCGGUGGCAGCGCGGCCGCGGCGGGAGGCAGCGGAGGGCGCCGGCAGGAGCAGCGGGGCCGCGCCGCCCCGGACCGCACCGCGGCCAUGGAGACGCUGUACCGCCUGCCCUUCGCCGUGCUCGAGUGCCCCAACAUCAAGCUGAAGCGGCCGAGCUGGGUGCACAUGCCCUCGGCCAUGACCGUGUACGCGCUGGUGGUCGUGUCCUACUUCCUCAUCACCGGAGGAAUUAUCUAUGACGUGAUCGUGGAACCUCCGAGCGUGGGCUCCAUGACAGACGAGCACGGGCAUCAGAGGCCGGUGGCUUUCUUGGCAUACAGAGUAAAUGGACAGUACAUUAUGGAAGGCCUUGCAUCCAGCUUCCUCUUCACAAUGGGUGGCCUAGGAUUCAUAAUUCUGGAUCGAUCCAAUGCACCAAAUAUCCCCAAGCUGAAUAGGUUUCUUUUGCUCUUUAUUGGAUUUGUUAGUGUGCUUUUGAGCUUCUUCAUGGCCAGAGUUUUCAUGAGGAUGAAAUUACCGGGCUACUUGAUGGGUUAGUACCUCUUGUGCUGUGUGAAAGUUCGAGCUGAAUUUCCUCCUCUUCACCAAGUGUUUUAAGAAGAAACAGCAAGAAACAAAUUCCAUAGUCACCAUCAGCAGCAGAGAGACCUGGCCAUGAGAAACAGCUAGGGAAAGAGUGCUUUCUCUGCAAACAAACUGCCACUACCAGUGGCUGAUCUGUAGUUUUCAAGCAAUGUUUUGUCAUUUCUGAUGUAGAGCUUUUGAAAAAGAGAAAGUUAUAUAGCUGAGUAUUUCUUUUGUAUUCCAUCUCAGUGUGAAGUAGAGAACCUACCUUUAGCUCUACCUGAAAUGAGUAUUUGCCAUUAACGGUUCUUUGUUGCAGGUCUGUCUCCUCUUCCCUUACUGGGACAAUUAUGUAUGUGAAUCAGAGAAGAAACACUCAAAACGUUGAUUUCCAAGUUGUAAUCAGAAAAUCAGUAACUUUGGAUGCUUAACAGCCAGAAUACAAUGAGUCUGAAAUUAUUGUGAAGGCAUCUUUGGCCUUGAUAUUAAUGCUCUAUGUGAGCAAAUCCAGACAUGAACUGGGAAGGGCAAACUGUAUGAAUGUGCAUUUUUUUAAAGAAAAAGUGUACAAAAGGAGCCAAAUAAAACUUAUUUUCUAAAAAAUUAUUUUAAA